AUGGGUUUCGGAGCUCCAAGAGGCAGAGGCGGUGACAGAGGUGGCCGUGGUGGUUCAAGAGGUGGAUUCAGAGGUGGUCGUGGCGGUGGUGACCGUGGUGGCCGUGGUGGUGCCAGAGGUGGAUUCAGAGGUGGCCGUGGUGGUGGUGACCGUGGUGGUCGUGGUGGUGUCAGAGGUGGCCGUGGUGGUGCCAGAGGUGGAAGAGGUGGUGCCAGAGGUGGUGCUAGAGGUGGUGCCAAGGUUGUUAUUGAACCACAUAGACAUGCUGGUGUUUUCAUUGCCAGAGGUAAGGAAGAUUUAUUGGUUACUAGAAACAUCGCUCCUGGUGAUUCUGUCUAUGGUGAAAAGAGAGUCACUGUCGAAGAACCAGCUACUGAAGAAGGUGCUGCUCCAACUAAGAUUGAAUACCGUGUUUGGAAUCCUUUCAGAUCUAAAUUGGCUGCUGGUAUUAUGGGUGGUAUUGAUGAAUUAGGUAUUGCUCCAGGUAAGAAGGUUUUAUAUUUGGGUGCUGCUUCCGGUACUUCUGUUUCCCAUGUUGCUGAUGUUGUUGGACCAGAAGGUUUAGUUUAUGCUGUUGAAUUCUCUCAUAGACCAGGUAGAGAAUUAAUUGGUAUGGCCAAGAAGAGACCUAAUGUUAUUCCAAUUAUUGAUGAUGCUCGUCAUCCACAAAAAUACAGAAUGUUACUUAGUAUGGUUGACUGUGUUUUCGCUGAUGUUGCCCAACCUGAUCAAGCUCGUAUUAUUGCCUUAAACUCUCAUUUAUUCUUAAAGGAUGGUGGUAUUGUUGUCAUUUCUAUUAAGGCUAACUGUAUUGACUCCACUGUUGAUGCUGAAACUGUCUUUGCUAGAGAAGUUCAAAAAUUAAGAGAAGAAAGAAUUAAACCAUUGGAACAAUUAACUUUAGAACCUUAUGAAAGAGACCAUUGUAUUGUCGUUGGUCGUUAUAUGAGAAGUGGAUUAAAGAAAUAA